AUGGGAGGCAAAUUAUAUGGUACUAACACUUUCCAGCAACGUAAAACACAUACUAAUAAUACAACCACACACACAACAUCAACACCGACAAAUCCCUUAAUUACAACAAUAAUUCCGCCAGAAUUAUAUAUUAAAAUUUGUGAAUAUCUUACGCCAGAUGAUUUAUUUUCUUUAUCACAAGUAUCAAAAUAUUUUAGAAAUUUAUUGUGUUCAACAUCCGAUGCAACUCAAGCGAUAUGGCGUAAUUCUAGACUUCGAUAUUUGAUUUAUCCUAGAUGUCCAACGCCACCAGAUGGGAUGGAUGAAAGACAAUAUGUUAUUAUUACAAAUUUGGCGAUAAGAUGUCAGUUUUGUUUUCAUCCUAGGAAACAAUCACAAAUAUAUUGGGCUUUCCGUGUUAGAAGUUGUAUAGAUUGUUUUCAUCAUCGAACUGUCAGUGAAUAUAGACUUAUAAACCAUUAUAAAAUUCCAAAAGAUUCAUUAUGUGGCCUUGCUUAUACCGCACCAUGUAAUUACAAAAUCUAUUGGAAAGAUGAUAUUCAAACAGCUCAAGAAAACUAUAUGACAGCUUUAGAAAGCAAUAAUAUUGAAGAAUAUAUUAAAAAACAAAGUAUUAAACUUAAUAAACGAUUAGAACAAAUAGAAUUACAAGAAUGGGAAUUUAAAAAUGAAAUGGCAAGAUGGAAUUAUCAAAAUACAUUAUUAUUUGAUGAAAUUAAAUUAAGAUCUAGUUGCAUAGCUGAAGAAACAGCUAUUGAAAUGGGGUUAGAUAUUGAAAAAUUACAAGAUUGGGGAAUUUAUUGGUAUCCUAUCGGUAAUGUUUGUAGAACAUUAACUGAAGAUGAUUGGAUUGAUUGGAGACGUGAAGUUGAAACUGAAUGUUCUAGGAUUAAGAGAAAAAGUCAGAGAUGGUUUCAUAGAUUUUCUAUAAGAUCUACUAUUUAUUAA